AUGGAUAAAAGGCGAUUUGAUGAAGACAAUGGACAAUUUUUAUCGGAGUUGAAAAUUGGGGAAAACCUGUAUAAAAUAAUUGCUAAAGUGUUAGCAAGGAGAUUAAGAGGAGUGAUUGGAUCGGUGAUAAGUGAGACUCAAUGGGCAUUUAUAGCUGGUCGACAGAUUUUCGAUGGCAUCUUAGUGGCAAAUGAAGUUAUUCAUUCAUUGAAAAUAGAGAGGGGAGGGAGAGGUGGUUUGAUAUUGAAAUUAGAUUUUGCUAAGGCAUAUGACUGUGUCUAUUGGGAGUUUUUGGAUUCUGUGCAGCAUUAUAUGGGGUUUGGAAAUCAAAGAGGACUUUCCAAUGUUAAAAGAAUUUUGAAAUGCUUCGAAUUGGGCUCGGGGUUAAGUAUCAAUUUCAGAAAGUCGUGCUUAGCAGGGGUGAACGUUGAAGAAAAUAAAUUGAUUCAGCUUGCACUUUUGUGUGGAUGUACUGUGAUCUCCUUGCCAUUUAAAUACUUGGGAAUUCCAUUAGGAGCUGAUCCGAGAAGAAUUUCGAUGUGGGAACCUGUUAUUGAAAAAUUUAAAGUCAAACUGGUGGGCUGGAAAAACAGGUUGUUAUCGUUUGCUGGGAGAGUGGUUCUUAUCAAUUCAGUGUUGUCAAUGCUGCCGUUGUAUUAUAUGUCGAUAUUCCCCGUUCCGAAAGUAGUAGUGUCAAAAUUAGAUAAAAUUAGAAGAGGUUUUUUGUGGGGUUAUGAUGGUAACACGAAGAGAUUGCCAAGAGUGAACUGGGGUAGAUUGUGUACUCCGAAAAAGAAAGGUGGGGCUGGAAUAAUUGACUUAAAGGUAAAAAAUAAGGCGUUAUUAGCUAAAUGGGGGUGGAGAUUCGCUAAUGAAAAAUGGGCAUUAUGGAGAUCAGUAAUAUGUCACAAAUACGGCUCAGGCGAUCUGCCUUGGAUGGUUAGUCAAAGAGAAAUAAAAAAUGCUUCUAUAACCUGGAGAGGGAUCGUGAAUAAUUUAUAUAGUGAAGGAUCAACUGAAUGGAUGUGUGGAAAUUCUUUUCUAUGGAUAGUGGGUGACAGAAAAUCAGCAUUGUUUUGGGAGGAUGUGUGGUACGGAGAAAUUGCUUUAAGAUCAAGAUAUCUGCGAUUAUACAUGUUAGUGUCAAGGAAAUAUAUUACGGUGUGUGAAAUGAUUAAUGCAGGCGAUUGGCAGAGCUUAGUCACGACAGCUUUGUUCGAGAGACAUCUGUUGGAUAGGGAGUUAUUCACUGUGCAAAUCAUAAAACGAAAAGUGGACAAGGUGAUAUUAAAUCCGUCUGUGGCCGAUAGGAUUGUAUGGGUGCAUGAAAUCGAUGGGUGGUGGAAUAUUUCAGGGUCAAAUAUGCAGACAGUGGACGAAGUUUUUGAUUUUUGCUAUAAGAUUAGAUGGCCAGGAUCUAUAGCAUUGGCUUGGUUUGUUAGUUUCGCAACUACGCUAUGGAGUCUAUGGCUGGCUAGGAAUGAUUUUGUUUUUCGAAAUCAAAGUACUAAACUUAAAGAUCUGCUUGUUUAUGUGAAGAUGAGAGCGUAUGCUUGGUAUAAGUCGGCUGCUGCAUAUCUAUGUCCCAAGUCCGUUUGGAAGCCGCCUGCAUCGGGCCAGAUGAAGUUCAACGUGGAUGGCUCAGCUACAAAGGAGUCAGCAGGUUGUGGGGGAGUUUUGAGGACUGCAGAUGGUCACGUAGUAUCAAUGUUCUUUGGACCGGUAACAGAGGUUAACUCUGAUUAUGAGGAGCUGGUAGCAAUUAAAAAUGCACUAGAGGUUUUCACUGAAUCUUGCUGGUGUGGAAAGUCUGUCCUGAUUGUAGAAUCUGAUUCUAAAAUAGUCCUGAAUUGGGUUCAAAAUUCAUCUGUUCGACCAUGGAGGUGGGGAGCUACGUUUCAGGAAAUUGACGUUAAUUUUCUGAAGAUAAUUGAGAUCAGGUUUGUGUUCUCGCCUAGGACUACCAAUAACAUGGCUGAUUUCUUGGAAAAGUUGGGGUCGACCAGGAAAAUUAUGUUCAAGGCUGCCAUGGCUGCUUUGAAAUUGAUAAGUGUGGAGGAAAUUGUGGACGUGGUGGCAAUGACCACAACAGCAGUAGACGCUAGAGUUAAAGAUGCUAUAACAACAACUUUCUCCUUGGGCUCGAGCGUUGGUGUUUGCACCGUUGUUUCGCCCUGCAGUCUCUCAGUGCUGCCUACCAACUCAACAAGGCUUUCCUGUAGGUUGCCUUCUUAA